CUCAUUCACCUAGAUGCGUUAUUUUGUACCUGGUUACAGGUUCAAGAAAGAGUAAAAUAAAAUCUAAGUACCUAUGACAUCCUUUAAAAAGCAGCACUGUCAGAAAAUGGUCAGAAAUAUCUCGGACUUGUCAGUCCUUGACAUUUUCCACAAACUCAAAAAUGUUAUCAAUAUAAUUGUAUUUUACUCUGGUCAUAUAAAUAAAUAAUAGUUUGGGUAAAAUGGCUCUAAACAACUACUGCGACGGAUAACAAUACAACCAUUCAAAUGGCUAACGCGCAAUAAUUAUUUUCUUACAUCAUAUCACCCAUACAAUUUUUAUCACUAUAGAUUUCCAAAAAUGGCUUGUUGCUGUAAACCUGGCCGAUCAAACAAAUCAUCAAUUAGUUGCUUGGGCCGAUGCGAUCUACCAAAGCAUCGAUGUCUGGAAAGAAAAGACAUAAAACCCGGACCGGUGCCGAAGCAUAUGGGAUGGCUUUAUACAGCUAAGGACUCGCCUGAACAUCAGCUAAGAUGUGGCUGGCGUCCAGGCCACAUAGCCUGCUCAGUUCUCAAAAAAAUCGAGCAACACAACUGCAUGAAAUCUAGCGACUGCACACCUUGUACAUCAACCUGCUCCAAGUCCCCUUGUUUGAAGCCAUGCUGCGCGCCGCCAAAAUGUCUAGCCGUCUGCCCCUCAUCGACAUCCUGUUGCAAGCAACCUCCAUGCACCCAACCUCUUAUACGAAUCAUCAGACACGGAGGCCAAUAUAGCAUAUGCACUAAACCUUCUAACAUAUCCAACGCGCCGUCUGGACCUAACCCAUUAAAAUAUGUCCUUAACACAGAUGACAGCCCAGACACUGGUGCAAAAUACAGUGUAGAAGCAAAGUUCAAUGAUUACCAUUUUGAUUACACUAGCUCCCAGUCAUCCUUUGUUCUGGAUUUCUCCCCGCCAGAGCAGAAGUGCUUUAAACCGUGCUCAAAGAGAAGUACGACUUGCAUGACGGGUGGAACAGAAAACAAAAACAAAUCGCAAUCCAAAUAAAAUAGUUACAUAGGAAAAUAUUACUUACAACUUCUAAUUGUCAUAAAUUGUCUUACAU